AUGGAAUCGAGCAAGGAAAAUAUUGUCCAGGCUGUGGUCAUUAUGGAUCACUUUAAUAAUAAUUUUUCACCAAUUAAUAAAACUAAACCCAUGGCUUUAUUUUCUGUAGCUGGGGUUCCACUAAUAGACUAUGUUUUGGAAUCAUUAUUACUAGGUGGAGUUGGUGAAACGAUUCUGUUUUGCUGUCAAGAUGGACCCAAAAUAAAGGAAUAUAUUAAAAAAUGUACUAAUGAGAAAGUUCCAUGGAGUUUAACUAUGGACGUCCAAGUGAUUAUGUCAGAAACUUGUCAAACCAUGGGAGAUGUAAUGAGAGAAAUAGAUGCUGCUGGUCUGGUCAGAGGAUAUUUUAUAUUAAUGGGAGUAAAUAGCAUAACUAACAUAAACUUUGCAGCAUUACUAGAGCAGCACAAGGUAAUUUGCAAAAAAGAUAAAGAAGCUGCUAUGACUUUGAUAUAUAAAAAAGUAUCUUGGGAACAUCCUUUAAUCAAAAAUGAUAAAGCCUUAUUUUUAGCAGCUGAUGGUAAAACAAAUAAGGUUUUGAUUCAUGAGAAAUAUAAGACAAAAUCUAAUGACAAUGUCUUACAGCUACCACUGGAUUGUGUGUUAAGCCAUUCAGAAGUGAAAUUGCAUCAUAAUUUGGUGGAUACCAACAUUGCAUUAUGCUCACCUUCAGUGCCUCCUCUCUUUGCUGAUAAUUUUGAUUUUCAAACUAGAGAUGAUUUUGUUAAUGGAAUAUUAAUAAAUGAGGAAAUUUUGGCUAGUACUUUAUAUUAUACAAUUUUAAAAGACACACAAUAUGCUGCUGCUAUAACUAAUUGGAAGACAUAUCAAAUUGUAUGCUGGGAUAUAUUACAUUAUUGGACAUUACCAUUAUCUAUUGAGACUGGUUCAUUCUAUCAGAAUAAUUACGUCUUCAUGGGUAACCACAACUUUCGUAAAACAAGUUCAAAAUUAAGCAGGUCUUGUACACUAAUUGAAGAUGUAUUAAUAGGAGCAAAUACACAAAUCUGUGAUAACACAACAGUUUCCAAAACUAUGAUUGGCAAUAACUGUGAAAUUGGAAAUAAUGUUACUUUGAUCGGUAGCCAUAUAAUGGACAAUGUUGUAAUUAAAGAAAACUGUAAAAUUAUCAAUUCUUUUAUUGAUAACAAAUGCAUUAUAGAAAGUGAUUCAAUUUUAGAAAAUGGUACUAUUAUUACAGCAAAUGUAAAUAUAAAACCAAAGAGCAAAUUAAAAGGAGCUGUUAUUGAAUGUUCAGAAAUAGAUAACAAUGAAAAAUCUUUGGGUAAAUCAACAUCAGAAAGUGGAACAGAGUGGGAAAAUGAAUCAGAAGGCAGUGGAGGUGAUGAAUUUAUAGGAUUUGAUAAAGAAUGGAGUGAUAGUGAGUCCUGUUACUCAUCAGAUAGUAGUGUGCAAUCUUCCUUGCCAGAGUCACCAAUACCGGAAGAUACCAAUAUUUUCUUACAAGAAGUUAUAGACAGUCUGGCAAGAGGGUAUGAAGAAAAAUUGAAAUGUGAUUACUUAAUUUUGGAAAUCAACUCAUCGCGAUAUGCAUAUAAUAUACAACUACAUGAAGUAAAUUUCUUUGUAAUAAGAGCUAUGCUUAGCAUGCCUAUAUUAAUAGACAGUAAGAGUGUUCUUGUUACUGUUAAAGACAUACUAAAGUUCUUCCGUCCAAUUUUGUCCAACUAUAUCAAGACUAAGUCAUCAAUAAUGGAUUGUUUGAGAGCUGUUGAAGAAAGUUGCAUAAAGUGUGAAUGGCUAGAUGGUAAAGCAGGGCAAAUUGUACAUCUGUUAUAUGAAUUUGACGUUGUUGAUGAAGAUUCAUUAUUGGAGUGGUAUGAUGACUUAAAAGACAACGAAAGUUUACUAGUGAACCAAACAUCCUUAGUAAAAUUUUUUGAAUGGCUACAAGAAGCUAGUGAAGAAAGUGAAGAGUCAGAUUAA